GAUAUGAUAACGAUGAGAAGUUCCUAUAUAUACCACACAUCACCAAAGAACGAAGAUUUACGUCUUAUGUUUGUGUGACUCGGAUACUGCAUGCCUGUGCCUAAAUUAUUGUACCUCCUACUUUGUAAAUUAUAGCAGCUACAACUUACGUUUCUACCAUGCUCAAAUCAACAUUCACUCCCAUUUUCUGGGCACUUGUCCCAAAACCCAUGUCUCCAAAACUAUCACCCAACGUAAUCAUCAACACCUUCGCAAACAGCACUUCACUUGUUCGACAAAAUGUCUCACUCAAACAACACCCUUCAUCAGCAUACAUUCACCUCCCCUUCUGCAGAAAACGUUGCCACUACUGUGACUUCCCCAUUGUUGCUCUUGGUUCCGCCUCGGCCCAAAUAGACGACGACCCGCGAGUCGUAAACUACAUACAAUGGCUCUGCAGAGAAAUCAGUGCAACACAAGUGGAACUUGAUGCCAAGGCACCCCUUGAAACAGUUUACUUUGGUGGUGGAACACCCUCCCUUGUGCCUCCAAGGUUGGUUUCUUUGGUUCUGGAGGCCUUAAAAAUGAAGUUUGGGUUGAGUGAGGAUGCAGAGAUAUCAAUGGAAAUGGAUCCGGGGACUUUCGAUGCUAAGACGAUGAAGGAGGUGAUGCUGUUGGGAGUGAACAGGGUGUCUUUGGGGGUUCAAGCAUUUCAGGAGAAGCUAUUGAAGUCUUGUGGGAGGGCUCAUGGUGUGCAAGAGGUUCAUGAGGCUAUUGAUAUUGUCAAAUUAUGUGGGGUUGAGAAUUGGAGCAUUGAUCUUAUAGCUUCACUGCCUCAUCAGACCAGUGAUAUGUGGAAGGAAAGUCUAAGGCUCACAAUUGAGGCAGAACCAACUCAUGUUUCUGUAUAUGAUUUGCAAAUUGAGCAGGGGACAAAAUUUGGAAACUUGUACACACCGGGAGAAUUCCCUUUGCCUUCCGAGACACAAUCUGCUGAUUUCUAUAAGAUGGCUUCAAGGAUGCUUUGUGAUGCCAAUUAUAACCAUUAUGAAAUCAGCAGCUAUGGUAAGAGUGGAUAUGAGUGCAAGCACAACUUCACCUAUUGGAAGAACAAGCCAUUCUAUGCCUUUGGCCUAGGCUCUGCUAGUUAUAUUGGUGGGUUGAGGUUUUCAAGACCAAAGAAGGUGAACGAUUACAUGAAGUUUGUGGAAAAUUUGGAAAAUGGAUUAGUGAAUAGCUCCGGUGAUGGCCAGAUUCAUGCUAAGGACACGGCCACGGAUAUCGUGAUGCUGUCCCUAAGAACUGCAAGAGGCUUAGACAUGAAGUGCUUUGAAGAAUCAUUUGGGAGCUCUAUUGUUUCAUCACUGAUUGAGGCCUAUAUACCUUAUGUUGAGAGUGGACAUGUAGUUUGUUUGGAUGAAGAGAGAAGAACAAUGGGGAUAGAUGAGCUCAACAAUUCUUUACUGCAUAAAACAAAUACAGAAAGGAGGCUGGCUUAUAUAAGGCUAAGUGACCCAGAAGGUUUCCUCUUAUCAAAUGAGUUAAUAUCCCUUGCAUUUGGGGUUAUUGACAAUUGCAUGGAUUGCCUUCAGCACUUGGAAGUUGUUUGA